AUCAAAUUGAUAUAUUAAUACAAUGUCCGGAAGAGGAAAAGGCGGAAAAGGUUUAGGAAAAGGCGGUGCCAAAAGACACAGAAAGAUCUUGAGAGAUAACAUCCAAGGUAUCACCAAGCCAGCUAUUAGAAGGUUGGCGAGAAGAGGUGGUGUUAAGCGUAUUUCAGCUUUGAUCUACGAAGAAGUUAGAGCUGUUUUGAAGUCUUUCUUAGAGAACGUCAUCAGAGAUGCUGUUACUUACACUGAACACGCCAAGAGAAAGACUGUCACUUCUUUAGACGUUGUUUACGCCUUGAAGAGACAAGGUAGAACCUUGUACGGUUUCGGAGGUUAAACCCUUUGGAGCUGUUAGUUCUAUUGUAUUUGUAGUUCUUUUAUUGUAUAUUAGAAUAAAUGUUAAAUUAUACUGCUG